UCGCCAUUUUCCGCUAUCUCGGAGCGACUGACGCGCACUCCAUCCUCUGUGUGACGCACCGCUGUGUCCAGCCCACCCAGCGCCGCUGCUGCUGCUGAGACUGAGACAGACCCCCAUCGCCCGUUUCCCCGGCGGAUUCUCCAUGUAUGGAUCCAUGUAUGGGGAGUGAUGCUGUAGGUUACCCAAAACUGAGAGAAGAUACGGAGCAGCAAGGAUAUCCAAGAAGGAGCCACUGGAGGAUCAGGACGCUUUUUUGAAUGGAUUCAUCGUGUGUGUUUUUCUUAAGUGGCAGUUGCUGAGGUGUCCGGUGUGUGUCUGUAACCAAUCAGAUCUACAGCUCUUCCACUAACACAAGCCCACCUGAGAGAUGGCGGGGGCUUCAGUCAAGGUGGCGGUGAGGGUUCGACCCUUUAACUCCAGAGAGAUUGGAAAGGAGAGCAAAUGCAUCAUACAGAUGUCAGGAAACACAACAACUAUCCUGAACCCAAAACAACCAAAAGAAAACAAGAGCUUCAACUUUGACUUUUCAUACUGGUCACACACUACGCCUGAGGACAUCAACUAUGCGUCUCAGAUGAAGGUGUAUAAGGACAUUGGAGAGGAGAUGCUGCUCCACGCCUUCGAGGGUUACAAUGUCUGCAUAUUUGCAUAUGGUCAGACAGGAGCUGGCAAAAGCUACACCAUGAUGGGGAGACAGGAAAAAGACCAGCAGGGCAUUAUACCUCUGCUGUGUGAGGAUCUUUUCACAAAGAUCAAUGACUGCAACAAUGACAACAGCAUGUCUUACUCUGUGGAGGUGAGCUACAUGGAGAUCUACUGUGAGCGUGUGCGUGAUCUCCUGAACCCUAAAAACAAAGGAAACCUUCGUGUACGAGAACACCCCCUGCUGGGACCUUAUGUCGAAGAUCUGUCCAAAUUGGCUGUAACUUCCUACAAUGACAUUCAGGACCUGAUGGAUUCUGGAAACAAGGCUAGGACUGUGGCUGCCACCAACAUGAAUGAGACCAGCAGUCGCUCUCAUGCAGUCUUCAACAUCAUCUUCACACAAAAGAAACAUGACAUGGAGACAGACAACACUUCAGAAAAGGUCAGCAAGAUAAGCCUGGUGGACUUGGCUGGCAGUGAGAGGGCUGAUUCAACUGGAGCUAAAGGGACACGACUGAAGGAAGGAGCAAACAUAAACAAAUCUCUGACCACUCUGGGGAAAGUCAUUUCUGCCUUAGCUGAACUGGACUCCGCACCAAACAAGAACAAGAAAAAGAAGAAAGUGGAGAGUUUCAUUCCCUACAGAGACUCAGUUCUGACCUGGCUUCUUAGGGAGAACUUAGGGGGUAACUCUCGCACAGCCAUGGUGGCGGCUCUCAGUCCUGCAGAUAUUAACUACGAUGAAACACUAAGUACCCUUCGGUAUGCUGAUCGUGCCAAACAGAUCCGCUGUAACGCUGUGAUUAACGAGGAUCCCAACAACCGCCUGGUUCGUGAGCUGAAGGAGGAGGUUGCUCGUCUUAAAGACCUGUUGUAUUCACAGGGCCUGGGAGACAUCAUCGAGAACCUGUGCAGUUACAAGAACUUUGUGAACAAUCACCAGGCUGUCAAUCAAAGGGGUGAUCUCUCCACAGUGACCAAUGCCAUGACAGGAAUGAGUCCCUCCCCAUCUCUUUCCGCCCUGUCCAGCCGGGCCGCGUCCAUCGCCAACCUUCAUGACCGUAUUUUCAGCCCGGCCAGUGAGGAAGCGAUUGAAAGGCUCAAGGAAACAGAGAAAAUCAUUGCAGAGCUUAAUGAGACAUGGGAAGAGAAGCUGCGACGUACCGAGGCUAUCCGCAUGGAGAGAGAGGCUCUACUUGCUGAGAUGGGUGUGGCUAUGAGAGAAGAUGGAGGUACUGUUGGCGUCUUUUCUCCCAAGAAGACCCCUCAUCUGGUGAAUCUCAAUGAAGACCCUCUGAUGUCUGAGUGUCUGCUGUACUACAUCAAAGACGGCAUUACCAAGGUUGGUCGUGAAAACGCUAAAACUCGACAAGACAUCGUUCUUAGCGGCCACUUCAUCGAAGAUGAGCACUGCACCUUCAGCAGCACCACAAGCCCACAGGGUGAAGGAUGUGUCAUCCUUGAGCCAUGUGAGGGGGCAGAGACAUACGUCAAUGGGAAGAGAGUUACAUCGCCUACAGUUUUGCGUUCUGGUAACCGCAUCAUCAUGGGUAAGAGCCACGUGUUUCGCUUCAACGAUCCAGAGCAGGCUCGUCUGGAGCGUGAGAGGACGCCGUGUGCAGAGACACCAGUGGAGCCUGUGGACUGGGCCUUCGCUCAGAGGGAGCUGCUUGAGAAACAGGGCAUCGACAUGAAGCAGGAGAUGGAGCAGAGGCUUCAAGAGCUUGAGGACCAAUACCGCAAAGAAAGAGAAGAAGCCAGUAACCUGCUUGAGCAGCAGAGGCUGGACUAUGAGAGUAAACUGGAGGCCCUUCAGAGACAAGUAGACUCUCGGUACCUGGAAUCACCUGAGGAAGAGGAGGAGCCCGAGGAGGAAGUCCCAUGGACGCAGCGGGAGACUGAGCUGGCGCUCUGGGCCUUCAGAAAGUGGAGGUUCUACCAGUUCACCUCCCUGAGAGAUCUGCUCUGGGGCAAUGCCAUCUUCCUCAAAGAGGCAAAUGCUAUUAGUGUGGAACUAAAGAAAAAGGUGCAGUUCCAGUUCGUCCUGCUGACAGACACUCUUUAUUCCCCGCUGCCACCUGACCUGCUGCCUCCCAGUGUGGCUAAGGAGAGAGAGAGGCGAUCGUUCCCUCAAACUAUUGUAGCUGUUGAAGUGCAGGAUCAGAAGAACGGCGCCACUCAUUACUGGACUCUCGAAAAGCUCAGGCAGAGGCUGGACCUGAUGAGAGAGAUGUAUGACCGAGCUGCAGAGCUGCCCAGCAGUGCUGUGGAGGACUGUGACCAUGCUCUAACAGGAGGGGACCCCUUCUACGACCGCUUCCCCUGGUUCCGUCUUGUUGGAAGGGCUUUUGUGUACCUAAGUAACCUGCUGUAUCCGGUGCCGCUGGUUCACCGCGUGGCCAUAGUCAGCGAGAAGGGAGAGGUCAAAGGCUUUCUCAGGGUGGCCGUGCAGGCCAUAUCAGCUGAUGAAGAGGCCCCUGAUUAUGGAUCCGGAGUCAGACAGUCAGGCACUGCCAAGAUCUCCUUUGAAGACCACCAGUUUGAGAAGUUUCAGAUUGAGUCGUGUCCUGGUGGUAUGUCACACUCCAACACCUCUCAGGAGGAGCUGAGAAUUGUGGAGGGAGAAGGACAAAACGUUGAAAUGGGAAUCUCAGCAGAUGAAGUGAACAACAACACCUGUGAAGUAUCUCUGUACCGUGCAGCCACUCACGAGGCCCCUCACAGCCCAUCGAAGAGUUUAGGUCUGGAUCUUCCCCUUGAGCUGUCUCCAGAGAAAGCUCUGUCCCACUUAAAGAUCGGCAGCACCUUCACCUUCAGAGUCACCGUCCUCCAGGCCUCCAGCAUCUCAGCAGAAUAUGCCGACAUUUUCUGCCAGUUUAACUUCAUCCAUCGCCAUGAUGAAGCUUUUUCAACUGAGCCACUAAAGAACACCGGCAGAGGGCCUCCACUCGGAUUCUAUCAUGUACAAAAUAUCACUGUGGAGGUGACCAAGUCUUUCUUGGAGUAUAUUAAGACUCAGCCUAUCGUCUUUGAGGUGUUCGGCCACUAUCAGAAACAGCCUUUCCCUCCAUUAUGCAAAGAUUUGAUCAGUCCUCUGAGACCCUCCAGGAGGCAGUUUCCACGUGUGAUGCCUUUGUCCAAACCAGUGCCAGCCACCAAGCUCAGCACGCUGACUCGCUCCACCGCUGGACCUUGUCAUGCCAAAUAUGAUCUCAUGGUCUUCUUUGAGAUCUGUGAGCUAGAAGCUAAUGGAGACUACAUCCCAGCAGUUGUUGAUCACAGAGGCGGGAUGCCGUGCCAUGGGACUUUCCUCUUACAUCAGGGCAUACAGAGAAGGAUUAGAGUCACUAUUGCUCAUGAAACAGGAAAUGACAUUGAGUGGAAGGAGGUGAAGGAGCUGGUUAUUGGUCGCAUUCGAAACACACCAGAGGCUGACGAGACCAUCAUAGACCCCAACAUCCUCUCCCUCAACAUCCUCUCCUCCGGAUACUUUUGGCCAAAACACGAUGACAACGUUUCAUUGGGAGUUGAUCAUAGAACCUUCUAUCGAUUUGAGGCAGCAUGGGACAGCUCCAUGCACAAUUCUCUGCUUCUGAACAGGGUCACCCCAUAUGGGGAGAAGAUCUACAUCACUCUCUCUGCUUAUCUGGAGAUGGAGAACUGCACUCAGCCAACAGUUAUCACCAAAGAUUUCUGCGUGGUGUUUUACUCCCGUGACACAAAGCUGCCAGCCUCCAGAUCCAUCAGGAACUUCUUCAGCACUGGCUGCCUCAGGCCCUCGGAGAGUAAUCGUGUCACCGGGGUUUAUGAGGUCACUCUCUGCCAUGUCGCUGACAAUGGAAGUCCAGGCAUGCAACGUCGUCGUCGGCGGGUGCUUGACACAUCAGUGGCGUACGUGCGAGGGGAGGAGAACCUGGCGGGUUGGAGACCCCGAAGUGACAGCCUCAUUCUGGAUCAUCAGUGGGAGCUGGAGAAGCUCAGCUUACUGCAGGAGGUGGAGAAGACAAGGCAUUAUCUCCUGCUGAGAGAAAAACUAGAGGCAACUCUUCAAGCAGGGCAGGACGCGCUUUACAAAGGCAGCGACAUUUGUGACUUUGCAAAGAGCCCAGUACUCAGCAACAGCCCGAGUGGUACCCCCUCCACUCCUGACAGCCCCAACCAGAGGCAGAGGGAGCUGGCUGCUAAGUGUCUGCGUCUGCUGAUGCAUACAUUCAACAGAGAGUACAGCCAGGUGAGCAGCAGUGCCAGUGAAAGCAAGCUUUCAGAAAUGUCGGUGUCACUACUGAGGGACUCGUGCUCCUCUGGCCUGAGCACACUUACUCCCUCCUCUACCUGCCCAUCAUUGGUGGAUGGUCAUUUUGACAUUCGACUCACUGAAACAGGCUCAGGAGCAUCAACACCGGACCUGGACCCUUUCAGCCCAGUGGACAGAAAGAAAGCUCUAAGAGGAUACACCUUUGUUCCUGACAUACAGGAGAUCCGUGUUAGCCCCAUCGUGUCAAAGAAGGGCUACUUGCAUUUCCUGGAGCCCCACAGCAGUGGCUGGGUGAGGCGUUAUGUGGUUGUCCGCAGGCCAUAUGUCUACCUGUACCGUAGCGAGAGGGACAGCGUGGAGAGGGCUGUUAUCAAUUUAUCGUCUGCUAAAGUGGAAUACAGUGAAGAUAAACAGACAUUACUGAGGACACCCAACACAUUCGCCGUGUGCACUGAGCAUCGUGGGAUACUGCUGCAGGCUGCCAAUGACAAAGAGAUGCACGACUGGCUGUAUGCUUUUAACCCUCUGCUAGCCGGUACCAUCAGGUCAAAGCUCUCCAGAAGAAAGUCAGUCCAGUCGCUCCCGGCUGCUCAGCGGCUCUAAAAGGUGAACCAGCCUUGAGGACAAACUGCAAAAGAACAAACAAUCUUAAAGCUCAUGUCAGCGUUCUGCUCUGAUGAAUGCAAACCUUACAGCAAAUGUUUCCAUAGAUAUGAUGACCAGCGCUGUCCCAUAACAAAAAAACAUCCUUGGUCUAUUUUUGCAGUCCUCUCCUCCAACCAUGCAUGGUGUGCUCCCUUUUGAACUUUAGAACAGUUUAUAAGGAAAAUUAACCAAUCAAACCUGAUUAUCAGCUUAGUUCUUCUGGAUAUUUGGGACUUAUUCUGAUUAGUUUUAAUGUACUUGUAGGAAUAUGUUAUCUGUAAGACUGCUAGAUUGCUGUAAAAAGAUGUGACCUGUUCCUCUUUUAUCAUUACUAAAAGUACAUCCCUGUAGUAAAACAAACAUUAACCACUUAUUGUAUCAGGAAGGCAAAGGAAAAGCAUCAGACUGGAUUCUUCUUUAUGUAGACCUGUGUACAGUGUGGGGAUGAUAGCCUCAUAUACAUCAUACUUAUAGUGUAAAAUACCUCAGUUUGGAUCUGCUUGAUGCAGCAUGAAAUUCUUCACUUCAUAAACAUCAGAUGGCAAAGAGGGAAAACUGAUUUUUCUAAUUAUUUAAGCUCAAAAGUAGCAUGAGGACAGAUAUGUUAGGAUGAAAGUGUGUUCUUCCUGUAUUGUAUCUCUAAGUAGUUCCAUGAAAACUGGAUUCAUUGGCUAAACUAAGGCAAAAUAAUUCAUUGUAAGGAGAGAGAACUGUUUCCUUUCCUUGCUUUUUUUUUAAAGCACUCCCCAUGAUGUUGCUAUUGUAAGUCUUCUGCAAUGUUAUUUAUUUGUGACAAGACCACUAACAGUUUUGUUGCUUGGCACUUUAUUGUCUAUAUAUUUAUGAUUUAUUGUUUUAUUUAAACCAAAGUACCAUUUUGCGUUAGAUUAUGUUUUGCAUAUAUGUCAACGAGUGUGAAUGGUAUUAUUUUAAGAUGCACUUUUUAUGUUCAGAAAUUUAGUUUAUUUUCUAAUGUAGAAAAUUAGAACAUAACACUGAUGCUUUCAUAAUAAGCAAGAAACUAGAGAAAGAUUGACUUAACUCUAAAGACAAAUGGAAAGCUAAGAUGAUCACAAGCUGAAUUUUAUAAAAUGUAUUUUUUUGUGUGACUUUCACACAUUUGUUUUCAAAGCUUACUGUCUUUUUAGUAAAGCUUCCCAUUCAAAUUAAGACAAAAAUAACACCUCAGUCUAAGAGGUCCAUACAUUAAAACAAAGUAUAACAUUUAUUCUCUGAGCAAAAACACCAACCCAAAGGACAUAGUUUGGUGUAUAAACAUGGACCUUUAAUUGGUUUAAAGUAUCUUGCCCCAUAUAGUGCCUCCUUUUUUUCCACCUUACUUCCUCUUCUUCCUUCCCCAUAACCUUAUAUAGCAGCGCAACAUCUAAUGACAAGUGAUUAAAGUUAAGCUUUCACAUAUAUUAGCAUUAUCUGUAAUAUUUUGUUUUUCUUUGAUUUUUCAAGUCUGCUUAAUAUCAAUUAACCUCUAAACACUGAACAAGCUGACAAUGUUGUCUUUAUAAGCGGACCUACUAGAUUUAAAGCCACACUGCAGCCUAAAUAUCAGUUAUCUAAUACAUGAUUAGCUGCUGUAGUAACUAAUUUUAGGUUGAGAGAUUCUUUAUUGUUAGUGUGACCAUUUUGUAUUGUACCAAGAGGGCCUAGUGAAAGAUAAGAAUAAAAACAUGAGAGGCCAAAAUGACAACCUAUAAUGGCAUUUAUUAUUGCAGAUGAUAUAAAGCACCUCUCUGAUCACAGCUCUGGUCAGCCAGCCAGUCUGCCUUUUCAGUGUAGCUCUUGCUUUCCUUUUUUUCCUGCCAGGACCAGACUGUGGGCAAACUUGACUUAUAGCCAGUAAACAAGUGACUGCGUGCAACAGGCCAGCCAACCUGUUGAGCAAUGCAGCCUGACGCUGUGAAAGUCAAAGUCUACCUGGUCGUGUUUUAAAAUAUAUGGUGCCACUGAGCAAACAUUCUGUUUGGCAUUUUUAUUUUUUUGUGUUGCCUAUCAAAUGAUGAAAUUCAGCUUUUUGGAACAUAGGAUGUUCUGCAUUGCCAAUUUAUAUGCACACAAUGCAUCUUUAAUGAUGCAUUGUUCACUCUUUUAUUAUUGUCAUAGUCUUUUAAAAAGAAAAUCAAACGAACAAACGAACAAAAACCCACCACACAAGUACUUAUUUUCCAAGUAGGCAGCUUGCAUUGCAUCUAGCUCAAGUAGCUAAAGAGUUUCAUGUUAAAAUUUCUGAGACAAUUCUGAAACUGUUAAAUUUCUUAUCCGGCUUGCUUCAUAUGUCAUGGUUUUGGAUCAAAGCAUGCUGGUCUUGUUUUCUUCGUUGAAUCCUGUCCUUCUCUCCUGCCUUACAGCUUGCUAAUGACAACAGCUUUCCAUUCCAGAAGUGCUGCUUGUAAAGUAUUGUUAUUCAUGAUCCUUGUAACAAUUAACUGGAACCCUUCCUCUUGGCUCUGUCUUGUAUAUAAAUUGAGAUUUCCUUUUUGGGUCUCAUCACACAGAUAAUCCAUUUUCCUGUGUUUUAUGAUGAAAAAAUAUGUCUCCCUCUUUGUCAAGUAUCCCAGCAGAAUGAAAAGUACAGAUCAGGGAUCUGUUUUGCACCUGUUCACUCAGUGUGGAUGAGGUCUUUAUGUUAAUACUGGGAGGUGGUCCAAGAUUAGUGCACUUGCUUGGAAUCACUUGACAAAAGCAGAGACAGGUCUCAGCCUAAACACAGUGCUCACAUUUAUCUUUUGAGUGUUCUCCAGUUCUUUCUCAUGUCUGUGGACACAUAACAACUAUUGUCAAAUAAAUAAAAUAUGGCAAAUAAAUAAAUAAAUGGGUGUUAAAACUUGU